GCAUCGCCCCUUUUAUUCUUUAUGGAGUGACGGGUAUCGGUGGCCACACUAUCUGUUUUGGGAGUUCGCCUGAAACGCAUACCACGCGUUUCCGUAUUCAGAUGACGGGUGAUGAGGUGUUACAAAGCAAGUACGAUCGUUUAUGUGUCGAAUUUAAAAAGCUCAGGAACAAAUACAGAGAAUAUAGAGAUCAAGCGGAAAAAGAAAUCGCUUCCCUGCGCACAUUCAGAGAUACCGAUCACGAUAAAACUUUGCUCGUCUCCAAAUUAAAGAAAGAAUGUGCAGCACUUCGUGAACAAAACGAACGCCUGUUACUGGAGCAAACAAACUCCGCGAAAUGCACAGUACGAGUGACAGGUUUUGAAAAUAGCCAAGUCACGCCUCCACGGAAUGAGUCAGUUUCUUUUGAUGGUGGACUUACACCCGUCGAGGUAUCUGCUACAAACGGGAUUGGUUUGAACUCAGAAUCUUCAUUCGGGGUCGAGAAAUCAACCGAUUCUGUUUCCUCAGCUUGCACCACCCUCAGAAAUGUUUCCUGUAUGACUGACACUAGUGUAUCAGCUGCCACGACCAAAGAUAGUUUGGAUAAUAUCCUGGCUGACUUGGUUGACGCACUACGCAAUUGGACAGCAGCAGUGCUCUCUCGGGAACGAACUGUUAAUCUGUCGGAAUCUAAUUCAACUCUUGUCCUUCGCGCUAUCAAGCUUGAGCGCCAGGUUGGCGAAAUUUCCCACAACUAUCAACUGGACCGCGAACGGCAUAUAAUGGAAACCGAUAAACUGAGCUCCGAUCCAUCAUCCAAAGGCACUGAAGAAUCAGUCGAUGUGCCCAACUCGGACUCCGAUGGAUACGAAAAGUCGCUCAUCGAAUGGCUUCAAAUUCGAAUCCAUUCUCUGACUGAGCAGGCACAAUAUUUUGCCUCACUUGUUUCCAUUCUACAGGAUGAGAUCCGCUCGAUUGUUCCACGCAUCGUUUGUCUGGCUCGCGAGGCACAAUAUUACAAGGAGGAGGCCGCUGUGUCACACAUCCUCGUCGAGCAGUUGCAGACUUACCUUGAUCGGACCCAAUCGAACACCCUGAAACAAAGCAACGAGAUGGCAUCUCAUAUUGCGAAUCUUACAGACGAAUUACAACAGUUACGUGGGAUUCAUAGCCUCACACCGAAAGAGCCCCUGAUAACUGUCAAAAAGAAUUCCAUUUUUGGUGUCCUGAAACGGUGAAGCGAUGUUUAUAUUGAAAAGCCUCAACUAUCAGACCAACGAAGUUCGCAUUUCACGUUUCACUAUUGCCUUGUCUAACAGUUUCGGGUUAAUCAGUGAUUAUUCUGAACCAUCCGUCGCCGGGGUUCGGCAUUAUCCGGAUCUGUACACUAUGACCCUGGUUGGUCUAUGAAACUUAGAGCGUUACAGUUCCAUACAAUCUGUUGAGAUGUUUGAAUUUACAUCGUGCACGCUGCUCGAAACUCAGUUUACAACGAUGCUUUGUACAAUCCGACCCCUGUUCCAGCUUGUCCUACGAAUCGGCUGAUCAGAGAUCUCACAGCGUAUAUUUUCCUUUGUUUAUACGACCGCCUUUUUCGGUUUAGACUAUUGUCUUUUAUUUUGUACCGAUUAAACAUAGCUUGUCGCUGUACAAAUGCAUUACUUUUCUGCUCUUACAGUAUUUACUGUCUGGAGACAUUUUCAGGCAUGAUCCAUUCUGUUUGCUUCGAAGGAUUUCACGUGUUUCCGUUCAUGUGUUCUUAAGAAUUCUCCGUUACUGCGGCGAUUUUUUGCUUGGUGUAUCCAAAGGAAGCAAGCGGAUCACUGAAUUUUCAAGUGCGAAAUAUUCUAAAAUGUAAAUCGACUUUGCAUGAUUUCGGUGCCUUUCGGCAAUCGGUAUAUUGAACUAAAUCGCCAGCCUCUUUAUUUGUUAUAAUUUAGUUGCCACUGGACCUUUUGGUCUCAUGUUGCUCCGUCAUUAUCUGGACUCUAAUGCAUUAGCGCAUUGCUCAUUAGAUCACCG